AUGGCGAUGCAAGAUAAUCACACACCUAUCCUGGCGCCCGCACUCUACCACAGCCACUCGUCGAAUCGUGCGCGCGGUCGACGAACAAGCUAUACGAGCCUGCACUCAGUGGCCGAAGUGACCGAACCUGACGAAGAAUUGAACGGAGACUCUCCGGUGCUAGGUCGCAACAAUUCACCACCAAAGACAGGCCCGCGGAGACCCGGUAUGUCCGCUCUAGACACGCUUCCCGUCCCAGCCGUGGCGAGCAUAAAACGCAAACCGGUGCCCACGAGUCCCAUCAGCAGCCCGGCAGCCGAAGCAUCGCGAGGUCUUCUCCGCCCUUCCCUAGCAUAUAACAGUGCCGAUCAUAGUGGAAGCAGUUCCUCUGGUCUCGCCGUCUCCAGCCUAUCCACCAACUCCGGCCAUGGAUACCAAUCCGACGAUUCCAGACCCAUCUCUCCCAUCACCCACCAGCAGCCCUCUUCAAAUCCUUUUGCGGGCGGAUAUGCAUACCUUGAAGACUAUGGCCCUGAGUACUCAAACAACGGGUAUACGGACCAGGACGAUGAGCUCUAUGGUGGACAUAGGAGCUUCGAUAGGUACCCAGAUCCCAGUUCGUCUCUCAAAAAGAGCAGCAAGACUGAGUGGCCGUUGAGGAACGUCAUGGGUGGUGGGCAGAAGAGGACGAGAAGUCCCAUGUGGGAUCGCGUUUACGAACGCGUAUGA